AUGAGAACACGGUUCCUCACGCUGAGGACAGGGUUCCUCACGCGGAGGACAAGGUUCCUCAAGCUGAGGACAAGAUUUUAUCACGCUGAGGAUAAGGUUCCUUACGCUGAGGACAAGGUUCCUCACGGUGAGAACAAGGUUCCUCACGUUAAAGACAAGGUUCCUCACGCUGGGAACAAGGUUACUCACGCUGAGGACAAGGUUCCUCACGCUGAGGACAAGGUUCCUCACGCUGACGACAAUGUUCCUCACGCUGAGGACAAGGUUCCUCACGCUGAGGACAAGGUUCGUCACGCUCAGGACAUGUUUCCUCACGUUAAAGACACGGUUCCUCAUGCUGAGGAAAAGGUUCCUCCCGCUGAGGACAAGCUUCCCACGCUGAGAACAAGGUUCCUCACGCUAAGGACAAGGUUCCUCACGCUGAGGACAAGGUUCCUCACGCUGUAGACAAGGUCCCUCACCAUGAGGACACGGUUCCUCACGCUGAGGACAGGAUUCCUCACGAUGAGGACAAGGUUCCCCACGCUGAGGACAAGGUUCCUCACGCUAAGAACAAGGUUCCUCACGCUGAGGACAAGGUUACUCACGCUGAGGACAAGGUUCCUCACGCUGAGGACAAGGUUCCUCACGCUGAGAACAAGGUUCCUAACGCUAAGGACAAGGUUCGUCACGCUGAGGACAAGGUUCCUCACGCUGAGGACAAGGUUCGUUACGCUCAGGACAUGUUUCCUCACGUUGAAGACACGGUUCCUCAUGCAGAGGAAAAGGUUCCUCACGUUGGGACAAGGUGCUUCACGCCGAGGAUAAGGUUCCUCACGCUGACGACAAGGUUCCUCACGCUGACGACAAUGUUCCUCACGCUGAGGACAAGGUUCCUCACGCUGAGGACAAGGUUCCUCACGCUGAGGACAAGGUUCGUCACGCUCAGGACAUGUUUCCUCACGUCGAAGACACGGUUCCUCAUGCUGAGGAAAAGGUUCCUCACGCUGGGACAAGGUUCCUCACGCCGAGAAUAAGGUUCCUCACGCUGAGGACAAGGAUCCUCACGCUGAGGACAAGGUACCUCACGUCGAGGAGAAGGUUCCUCACGCUGAGGCCAAGGUUCCACACGCUGAGAACAAGGUUCCUCACGCUGAGGGCAAGGUUCCUCACGCUGAGGACAAGGUUACUCACGCUGCGGACAAGGUUCCUCACGAUGAAGACAAGGGCCACACGCGGUGGACAAGGUUCCUCACGCUGACGACAAGGUUCCUCACGCUGAGGACAAGGUUCCUCACGCUGAGGACAAAGUUCCUCACGCUGAGGUCAAGGUUAGUCACGCUGAGGACAAGGUUCCUCACGCUGAGGACAAGGUACCUCACGCCGAGGACAAGGUUCCUCACGCUGAGGACAAGGUUCCUCACGCUGAGGACAAUGUUCCGCACGCUGAGGACAAUGUUCCUCACGCUGAGGACAAGGUUCCUCAUGCUGAGGACAAGGUUACUCACGCUGAGGACAAGGUUCCUCACGCUGAGGAAAUGUUUCCUCACCCUGAGAACAAGGUUCCUCACGCUGACGACAAAGUUCCUCACGCUGAGCACAAGGUUACUCACGCAGAGGACAAGGUUCCUCACCCUGGGGACAAGGUUCCUCACGCUGAAGACAAGGUUCCUCACCCUGAGGACAAGGUUCCUCACGCUGAGGACAAGGUUCCUCACGCUGAGGACAAGGUUCCUCACGCUGAGGACAUCUUUCCUCACGCUGAGGACAAGGUUCGUCACGGAGAGGACUAGCUUUCUCACGCUGAGCACAAUGUUCCUCACGCGGAGGACAAGGUUACCCCAUCAGAGGACAAGUUUCCUCAUGCUGAGGACAAGGUUCCUCACGCUGAGGACAAGGUUACUCACGCGGAGGACAAAGUUCCUCACGAUGAGGACAAGGCUCCACACGCUGAGGACAAGGUUCCUCACGCUGAGGACAAGGUUCCUUACGCUGAGGACAAGGUUCCUCAUGCUCAGGACAUGUUUCCUCACGCUGAGGAAACGGUUCCUCACGCUGAGGAAAAGGUUCCUCACGCUGAAGAAAAGGUUCCUCACGCUGGGACAAGGUUCCUCACGCUGAGACCAAGGUACCUCACGUCGAGGAGAAGGUUUCUCACGUCGAGGAGAAGGUUCCUCACGCUGAGGCCAAGGUUCCACACGCUGAGGAGAAGGUUCCUCACGCUGAGGACAAUGUUCCUCAUGCUGAGGACAAGGUUCCUCACCCUGAAAACAAGGUUCCUCACACUGAGGACAAGGUUCCUCUCGCUGAGGACAAGGUUCCUCACGCUGAGGACAAGGGUCUUGACGAUUAGGACAAGGAUCCUCACGCUGAAGACAAUGUUCAUCACGCUGAGGACAAGGUUCCUAACGCUGAGGACAAGGUUCCUCACGCCGAGGACAAGGUUCCUCAAGCUGAGGAGAGGGUUCCUCACGCUGAGUACAAGGUUCCUCACGCUGAGUACAAGGUUCCGCACGCUGAGGACAAGGUUCCUCACGCUGAGGACAAGGUUCCUCACGCCGAGGACAAGGUUACUCACGCUGCGGACAAGGUUCCUCACGAUGAGGACAAGCGCCACACGCGGUGGACAAGGUUCCUCACGCUGACGACAGGGUUCCUCACGCUGAGAACAAGGUUCCUCACGCUGACGACAAAGUUCCUCACGCUGAGGACAAGGUUACUCACGCUGAGGACAAGGUUCCUCACGCUGAGGACAAGGUAACUCACGCUGAGGACAAGGUUCCUCACGAUGAGAACAAGCAUCCUCACGCCGAGGACAAGGUUGCUCACGGUGAGGACAAGGUUCCUCACACUGAGGACAAGGUUCCUCACGCUAAAGACAAGGUUCCUCACGCUGACGACAAGGAUCCUCACAAUGAGGACAAGGUUCCUCACGCUGAGGACAAGGUUGCACACGGUGAGGACAAGGUUCCUCACCCUGAGGACAAGGUUCCUCACGCUGAAGACAAGGUCCCUCACGCUAACGACAAGGAUCGUCACACUGAGGACAAGUUUCCUCACGCUGAGGACAAGGUUCCUCACUCUGAGGACAAGGUACCUCACACUGAGGAAAAGGUGCCCCACACUGAGGACAAGGUUCCCCACGCUUAGGACAAGGUUGCUCAAGCUGAGGACAAAGUACCUCACACUGAGGACAACGUACCUCACACUGAGGACAAGGUUCCUCUCGCUGAGGACAAGGUUCCUCACGCUGAGGACAAGGGUCUUGACGAUUAGGACAAGGAUCCUCACGCUGAGGACAAUGUUCAUCACGCUGAGGACAAGGUUCCUAACGCUGAGGACAAGGUUCCUCACGCCGAGGACAAGGUUCCUCAAGCUGAGGAGAGGGUUCCUCACGCUGAGUACAAGGUUCCUCACGCUGAGUACAAGGUUUCGCACGCUGAGGACAAGGUUCCCCACGCUGAGGACAAGGUUCCUCACGCCGAGGACAAGGUUGCUCACGCUGAGAACAAGGUUCCUACGCUGAGGACAAUGUCCUCACGCUGA